AUGCCAGCAGAGCAAGACAUCUCUGGGUGCGUGGGGAUGUGCCCAGUGGAGAAUAUCAAUAAUGAAGUCCACUUACUGCCACAUCAAAAUUGCUCCCAGUUCUGUUCCUGCAUCCAUGGGACAUCCUACGUAAUCGACUGCCCAAAGGAUUUAUAUUAUUCAGAGGAGGAUCGAGUCUGUACUUUCCAAUCAGAAGCUCAGUGUAAAAUUUCUGGAGAGAGGAGCGAAGCCCCUCCAUCCCCAAAUGCUCUGAGACAAUUUGUAGAUGAUUUGGUGAUCCCACGUGCUGAGAAAGGCAGAUCGAUUUCACUUGUAACACACAUCCCAACACUGACUGUUACGGGUCCACCAACAACUGUAACAGUGAUCCCAACUUCGACAACUACGUGCAUAGUUAUAACUGAAACAACAACCCCAACUUCAACUACAAUCACGUGUCUACCCUCAACUGCAACAGUAACUUCAACCAUAACUGCUACGUGCCUGCCAUCAACUAUAACAGAAACUUCAACCGUAACUGCUACGUGCCUGCCAUCAACUACAACAGAAACUUCAACCGUAACUGCUACGUGCCUGCCUACAACUGUAACAGAAACUGAAACUUCAACUUCGACUGUUAUACCAACUCCAACUGGAACAGUAACUCCAACUAUAACUGUCACUACUAUUCCAACUGAAACAUUCACUUGCACUGAUACUGUGACUAUUACUCCAUCUGGAAAAGUCAUCCCAACAUUGAUUGCUACACCUAUUCUCCCUGUGCCGACAACUGACCCUGAAUUGAGAGGAUGCAUUGGUACCUGCUCGGCAGAGGAUCCAAUUAACGUCAUACACCUGCCCCACGAGCAUUGCAACAAAUUCUGCAAGUGCAGUUACGGCUUACCCCACAUAUUCACGUGUGAUCUGGGUCUUCACUUCAAUCCCAAACUUCAAGUCUGCGACAUACCUUCAAACGCGAACUGUAAGGGAAUUGUAGACUAAUUACUUUCGUCGAGGAAAUCAAUAUUGCUACUUUAUGUGAGAGUAUUAAGUUUUUUGGAAAACAGAUUUCAGGUUUGUACUAAUGCAAGAAAGGAUGAAUCAAUUGACACCGUUUCUGUAUUAUACAGAUUGGCAAUGAUAAUAGCCAUAAUAUUCAUAAUAAUUUUUCAUUUUUUAAAUUAGAAACAAUAACACGAAUGGAUAUAGAGAAAUCUAAUUUUGAAUUUCACAGUAUAAUUGAUUACUUUCAGAAACAAUUUUCUUGGGAUAUCGACCAUUGGAAAUCCAAUUAUCCUGAAUUUCGAACUUGAAUCUAAUAUUAGGGUGAGUGAGCAAGAGCACUCUUCCAACUGAGAUAUAAUUAUUCAAAUACCAAAUUGUUUGCAUUUUUAAUGACGAUUUUGUA